CACGGCCCUUGAAGCGGUGCCAAACCGGGUUAAUUCUCCAGUGCGGAUGGAGAGGAGGCGGAGCUGUGGGCCUCCCUCCUUCCUUCCCUGCCUCCCGUGACCCGGCGAUGGCGGCCGCAGCGGAGCGGACAGAGGAGCUGGUCCGGGAAUAUCUCCUCUUCCGAGGCUUCACCAACACUUUGAAGCAGCUGGACGCGGAGAUCAAGGCGGACAAGGAGAAGGGGUUCCGGGUGGAUAAAAUAGUGGAUCAACUUUUACAGUUUGUUCACAGUUAUGACCUGGCUUCCCUUCGGGAUUAUUGGAGUUAUCUCGACAGGCGUCUUUUCAGCCGAUUGGAGGAUGUAUACCGGCCAACAGUGAACAAGCUGAAAAUCAGUUUAUACCGUUACUACCUCGUUCACACUGUGCAGACAAACAGAAAUGAUAAGACACAGGAAUUCUUUCUUAAGCAAGCCUCUGAACUUCAAAACCAAGCUGAGUGGAAGGACUGGUUUGUUCUGCCCUUCAUCCCGAAUCCAGACACAAACCCUACCUUUGCCUCAUAUUUUUCCCGCCAGUGGGCUGACACUUUCAUUGUUUCUCUGCACAACUUUUUGAGUGUCCUAUUUCAGUGCAUGCCUGUACCAGUAAUCUUGAAUUUUGAGACAGAGUGUCAGAGAAGUAAUCUCCUUCAAGAGGAAAAUGAAAUCCUGCGCCAGAAGCUCUUUGCCUUACAGGCAGAACACUGCCGGCUAAAAAAAGAGGAACAGCAGCAGCAGCAACAAGAGGAGGAGGAAUUGAUACUUCAGCACAAGCUUCCUUCUUAUGUGGCAAACAUGGACCAUCUGGGGGAUUCAGAGCUUGACAUGGCAUGUAGCCAAAGAAGCAGCACUCAUUCACUCCAGGCCCGAGGGGGAUUCCUGUCUUCCUUGUUGUCUCAAAGUAAAAAGGGGCCCUCUAGAGCUCCAGUGGCAACAGGAGCCACAUCAACACAGGCUGGCCUGACUCUGUCAGGGAAGAAAGAGCAGUCAACCCAACAGAGCACCAAAGGGAAGGAGGCAGCAACCAGAGAAUCAAAAAGUUAUUUCCCUAGCCUGGUGACAACAGAGUCCAGUUCAGUACAACAGCGUCAGAGGCGCCUGCAGGACCAUGGGAAGGAAAGAAAAGAGCUCUUGUCCAAAACAAUUUCCCAGGGGCAGAACACUGAGCGGAAGAUAGAAGCUGUUACCAUUGAACAAGACCCAUCCCCUGAAGUGCCUGCUGAACAAGCAGAAACCCUGACCAAAGUUUUUGGGUCUAGCACAGAUGGUGGAGGCAUCAGACAGGAGCAGCCUUUCAUUGUCUUAAGCCAGGAAGAAUAUGGAGAACACCAUUCAUCCAUCAUGCAUUGCCGAGUUGAUUGCUCUGGUCGAAGGGUGGCCAGUCUGGAUGUGGAUGGAGUCAUCAAAGUGUGGUCUUUCAAUCCCAUGAUGCAGACAAAAGCUUCCUCCAUUUCCAAGUCUCCCCUGCUCUCCCUAGAAUGGGCAACCAAACGAGACAGAUUGUUGUUGCUGGGUAGUGGAGUUGGAACUGUUCGUCUCUAUGACACUGAGGCCAAGAAGAACCUUUGUGAAAUCAGUAUUGAUGAAGAUAUGCCCAGGAUCCUUUCUCUUGCCUGCAGUCCAAGUGGUGCUUCCUUUGUGUGUUCUGCAGCAGCAUCUGGCCUUGUUAACCAGCUAGAUUACACAGCUCCCGAUUCCGGAGGGAAAGGCACAAAUCAAGUUCCUGGGAAACUGCUUCUUUGGGACACAAAAACCAUGAAGCAGCAGCUCCAGUUUUUCCUUGAACCAGAGCCCAUUGCUAUAAACUGCACGGCCUUCAACCACAAUGGGAAUCUUUUAGUCACUGGAGCAGCAGAUGGCAUGAUCCGUCUCUUUGAUAUGCAGCAACAUGAAUGUGCUAUGAGUUGGAUGGCUCAUGAUGGAGAGGUCUAUUCUGUUGAAUUCAGCUACGAUGAGAAUGCUGUUUACAGCAUUGGAGAAGAUGGGAAGUUUAUUCAGUGGAAUAUUCACAAAAGUGGCUCAAAAGUGUCCGAAUAUGCCCUCCCCAGAGAUGCCACCGGUCCUUUUGUGUUGUCUGGAUACAGUGGAUACAAGCAAGUGCAAUUCCCACGUGGACGACUUUUUGCCUUUGACUCUGAGGGAAACUACAUGCUGACCUGUUCUUCCACCGGGGGUGUCAUCUACAAGCUGAAUAGCAACAACAAGGUCCUGGAGAGCUGCCUCUCCCUAGGGGGACACAGGGCCCCAGUGGUCACAGUGGACUGGUGCACAGCUAUGGAUUGCGGGACCUGCCUCACAGCCUCCAUGGAUGGGAAGAUCAAACUUACCACUUUACUGGCUCAGAAGUCUUAAGUGAGACUAUGGUGCUUGAAAAACAUAAGAUACAGACUUUUUUUUGGGGGGGGGGGAUGCGAGGGGAACAACCAGUAUUAACCAUUUAGAUUCAAGCAGUUGUGGGGAGAAAAUAGCAAUUCAACCACUUGUCUUAAUGUUGCUUUCUCCUCUAGGACAGAAACAUUUUUUGUUUAUGUCGAUGCCAAACCACUGCCAGUUAGGAGUUUCAGUUACAGAAGUUCCCUUAAAUAAAGGGUACUCUUAGCAGGCAUGCACUGAUCCCAAACUCCUUUUGAUGAGGACCAGCCCAGAGAGAGAGAGAGAGAGAGAGAGGUUUUUCCCCCUUUGGCUCUCUAUACUACACAGACAUAAAGCUCCAGGAUUGUGCCAAGGGAGGAUGCAGAUUUGCAGUGGUUCCAGCAAGGAGGGGAGGGAAACCCUACAGUAUUCCGUGUCUGCUCCUGCAUUUCUCAUUAAAAUAAGAUGUUUGACUGCAUUUGGCAUAUGUGUUCUUCCUGAAGAAGCUUCGUGCAGCAGCCCAUGUAAGGCAUGGUUGUUUCACUUUUCUGUACUGAAGUCUUCUAAGCUAGAGCUGGGGGACAUAUGGUCAUCCAGAUGCUGAAUGUGAGAAGCUGCCUUACAGGUAGCUGAGUCUGCAUUACAAAAAAAAAAAUUGAUUCCAGAUAGCAAAUAAAUUAUAAAUGAAAUAAUAAAAACAUUGUAAAAAUAA